AUGAAUAGUCUGAAUUGUUUGGCCAUAAUAUGCCAACUUGUGGUGUUUAUUUGGCCAACACUAACGUCAGAGAAUAAUAAUGACAACGGCAUUAAUAAUAACUGUGGCAAAAGUUUUCAAUUCAAGCCAAACAGAAUCAUUUUAACACAAAAGUCCAUUUCAGCUGGUGCUAGAUUUCUUAAAAAGUUAAAAGUAUCGUCUUUUAAAGAAUGUUACCUUACAUGUUGCAAUACAAACGAAUGUAGUACAGCCAUAUUCGAAUCUAAGGCUACACAGUCCUGUUUUCUGUUUGACUGUCGACAACCUGCACAGUGUUUUUACUCUAGUCACUCCAAUUAUGAUGUUAUCAUCUUGGAGGAAUCAAAUGGAAAUCAGAGCUUGAAAAAUAAAGUUGGCUUAAAUCAACAUUGUGAUUCGAAUAACUUGUGUGAUGGAAUUAAAACUAUAUGCUCUGAUGGGAUAUGUGUUUGUCAGUCUGGAUGGAUUGCAAAGAAAGGUUCAUGUGUUCAGUCUGUUUGUAAAUCACCAGAACUUCAAUUCCAGUGCGAUGAUUCUUCUACUUGUGUAGCUAUCUAUGAUAAGUGUAACGGAAUAGUUGAAUGUCCAGAUGGAUCAGAUGAGUUGUUUUGCCCUUCAAAAGUAAUUCACAAGCAAAACGAAACCAAUCCAUCAUUAUCACAUAAUCAGAAAGAAGGAGAAUUCGGUGAUGGUAUAUUUUCUAAACUUUCAAAUGUAAGUUAUCAACCAAUGGAAAGGUUUCAGUCCAGUCGACCGUCUUUCUUAACUACAUCUCGAAGUACUUCUCCAGCGUUGAUAGAUUUACACGAUCUAUCUGAUCCAUUAUUUUAUUCUAAUCAACCAAAUUAUCAUAAUGAUAGAGAUCAAUCAACAAAAUUACAUUCAAUUAAAUCUACUAAUCAAAAACCAUUGUUCAAUGUUGAUGAUAAAGAACCAUUCAUGCUUGAUAUAAGUAAUAAAAUUAGUGAAAAUAAUGAUAACAAUCCUGAUAUGUUUUUUACUUCAAGUGAUGAUGAUGAUGGAUGGCAUUAUCCUAAAGGAUUACUACAUGAUAUUUCAUCACAGGGUAAUGAUGUUCUCUCACAAUCAUUGCCUAGAAAGCAUUUAUAUCGACCAGAUCGUCAUCCAUUAUUUUCACAAAUGAAAUCAUAUGAACCGACAGGAUUCUACAAGCCCAGAUCAUUUAACACUUUUAAAGUUGAUUACCCUCAAUCAUCACACAGAAAUGAUUUACCAUUCAUUCCUUAUCAUCAUUCCAAUAAUUUUAUGCGAGGACCACAUCAACAUAACCCAUCAUUAUUUCAAUAUAAUCUGGAUCGUAAACAUCAAUCAGAGAUGAUGAUUGAUCCCACUGUACUGGAAAAUAUGAACUUCAUUGAUAAAUUUAGUGAAACAGGCGAUGCUUUAAAAAAGUAUCCGUUAGUCCAUAAGACUGAACACAUUCAUCAUAAAAAUGAAUUUGAAGAUAUUCAUCAGAAAGAAUCAAAUCUAGAUAGAAAUGAAAACCAGCCGUCGACUGUCACUACUAGUAGUAUUAGUCCUACUACAACAACAACUGAUUCAUCACAAAGUAUAAUAGCUGCUGUUAAACAAAGUCAAUCUGAAGGUCAUACUUCUGCUUUAUUAUUAGCAUUUAGUCUUGGUUUAAUUUGUUGUUUCAUUGGUCUACUUAUUGCUGAAUGGAGACGUCGGCAAAAAUUGCAUUUAUGGUCAUCGCAUCGUUCACGACCAGAACAAGCAAUUGUUUUUGGUGGUCGAACAAAAAUAUCCAUGCCAAGAUUAAAAACAUCUCGUCGAUUAAAGAAAAGCACAACAUAUGAUCAAAUGAAUAAAACGACAGCUGGUAGUGGUACAAUGGACGAAGAAAAAGGUUUAUUUAAUGAUUUAGUUCUUUAG